GAGACAGAGGAGCACUAAGCUCUUUCCGAGCGAGAGAGGAGAGCGUUUGUCGUGUAGUUUUACCCGAGAGAUGACGUAUCUACUAGAGAAGAUUUCAUGCCCUUUCUUCACUCUGAAAGCAGCAACAGAAAUCUGCCUAGAUCGACAGGUAGAAAAAGAAAGGAGAAAUUUACUCGGAGGAAUAUCUCUCAAGAGUUGUGAAGUACAAAGGCUCAACUCCAGCGCGCGACAAACUUUCUCUUUCCCCCCUCCCUCCUUUUCUCUGAGAUCUGCGCUCAUUUCUCCCCUCCCUUCAGAGGGGGGGGGAGAGAGGGAAAACUUUUCAGCCAAUCAGCUGCGUGCCAGCCCUCCAGGGGCAGGCCUGCCAUUGGCUGAAAGUUUCUAAGGUGAAAUAGCAGAGGAGAGUAUUUAUUAAAGAGUCCCAGAGAGAGAGUGAGGAGAGCUGAGCUCGAAAUCGACGAGGUGAUUUGGGGAGCCUUAAUUUUUUUCUCUCUCUGUACCCUCCAGACUCCGAGGAACCUUUUCUCCUUCUUUUGAAAGGGGGAAUUUACCCCCAUUCAACUGCUUUUUUUUUUGCCGUGCCACCAGUCCCUCUUUGACUAUCCACGAACUGAUCAGCUGGCCACAUGUCCGUUUCUUGAGAGCCAAUCUCUGCAGCAGCAGCAGGAGCAGCGACUUUGCGACGCGCCCGCGAGCCGAGUUCUUUCUCUCCUCUUACGUUUCUGCAAACCAGAUAAAACAAUUUUUAAAAAACAUUUACAACUCUUUUUUUGCCGCCUCCCUUGUCUCUUUUCAUGCCUUUUGCAGAGCCCCCCGCUCCUUUCGAUUUUUAACCCCUCCCCAUUCUCCUCCUCCUCCCCACCCCCUUUUCCCACCCCCUCUCCUCUAUUCUCAUUUGCCUACUAUUUUUGCUUUGCCGCUUUCUCGCAUGAAUCUCCUCGACCCCUUCCUGAAGAUGACAGAAGAGCAGAAGAAAUGUCUGUCCGGCGCUCCCAGCCCAACCAUGUCGGACGACUCCGCAGGCUCUCCUUGCCCUUCGGGUUCCGGAUCGGACACCGAGAACACCAGACCCCAAGAGAACACAUUCCCCAAAAACGACCAGGACCUGAAGAAAGAAAGCGACGAGGACAAGUUCCCCGUCUGCAUCCGAGAAGCCGUCAGCCAGGUCCUGAAGGGUUACGACUGGACUCUGGUGCCCAUGCCUGUCCGGGUGAACGGAUCCAGUAAAAACAAGCCCCACGUCAAGCGGCCCAUGAACGCCUUCAUGGUGUGGGCUCAAGCGGCGCGGAGGAAGCUAGCGGACCAGUAUCCCCAUCUGCACAACGCGGAGCUGAGCAAGACGCUGGGGAAACUCUGGAGGUUAUUGAACGAGAGUGAGAAACGCCCAUUCGUGGAAGAGGCUGAACGGCUGAGGGUGCAGCAUAAAAAAGACCAUCCAGACUACAAGUACCAGCCACGAAGGAGAAAGUCAGUCAAGAACGGGCAGGCUGAGCAAGAGGAAGGAUCUGAGCAAACCCACAUCUCUCCUAAUGCCAUCUUCAAAGCCCUGCAGGCAGAUUCUCCCCAGUCUUCAUCCAGCAUGAGUGAAGUGCAUUCCCCCGGAGAACAUUCUGGACAGUCACAGGGGCCACCUACCCCUCCUACGACCCCUAAAACAGAUGUGCAGCCUGGUAAGCAGGACCUGAAGCGUGAAGGGCGCCCACUGCAAGAAGGAGGAAGGCAGCCACCCCACAUUGACUUCCGAGACGUGGACAUUGGCGAGCUCAGCAGUGAUGUCAUCUCCAACAUCGAGACCUUCGAUGUCAAUGAGUUUGAUCAGUAUCUUCCACCCAAUGGUCACCCCGGCGUUCCAGCCACCCAUGGCCAGCCUGGGCAGGUCACCUAUACCGGCAGCUAUGGGAUCAGCAGCACAGCAGCUACUCCAGCUGGCUCUGGGCAUGUCUGGAUGUCCAAGCAGCAGCCGCAGCAGCCACCAUCGCAGCAACCACCCUCCCAAGCACCGCCGCAACCGCCACAGCAACCGCAGCAUACACUGACCACCCUGAGUAGUGAACCAGGGCAGCCCCAGCAGAGGACACACAUCAAGACCGAGCAGCUCAGUCCCAGCCAUUACAGUGAGCAACAACAGCACUCCCCUCAACAAAUCAGCUACAGCUCCUUCAACCUCCAGCACUACAGUUCCUCCUACCCAACCAUCACUCGUUCCCAGUAUGACUACACAGACCACCAGAGCUCCAACUCCUACUACAGCCACGCCGCCAGCCAGAGCUCCAGCCUCUAUUCCACCUUCACUUACAUGAACCCCACCCAGAGGCCAAUGUACACACCCAUUGCAGACACUACAGGGGUGCCUUCCAUUCCUCAGACCCACAGCCCACAACACUGGGAACAGCCUGUCUACACACAGCUCACCAGGCCGUAAGGUUUUGACUGACAUCAAACUUCCUCAGACUGUAAUCAAAGUUUUUUCUUACAAAAAAAAUAAAAAGCUAAAAGUGAAUGAAUAAGAGAGAGAAAUUCCAGAAUGCCUUAUGUGCUACAGCAUCCUUCUGAAAACAGAGCAUUCUGCUGGGUAAACAGACAUUCCAUGAUGGACUUAGAACCUUGUUUUGAAGGCGAUUUUUAUUUUCUUCUUCAAACAGCCAACUUAGUUUGCCUAGGUAUGGAUUUUUUAACAAUAACUAAAAAUGAAAAAUGAUUACAAAAAUUACAAAACUCAAAAAGUAUUCCUCUGUGAGGAAUAUUCUCUAUUUUAAGUAUUUUUUAGUAUGUACUGUGUAUGAUUCAUUACCAAUUUGAGGGGAUUUUAUAUGUAAUUUUACUUCUUGUUUUUAGAGAAACCUUUUUUUUUAAAAACAGUGCUUCUUAUUUUGACAGUUAAACAACACUUAGCAAAAUGGUAUGCCUUAGCAUUUUUCCUUACUGUCAGAGGUAUUUUUGUAUAAUUUGUCUUUCGCUUAUAGAAAGCAAAAAUGUGGGCAUAAAGUCAAAGCAAAAAACCCCACACAAAACCCAAGGGGUGGGGAGAAGCUCUUCACUAAUCAGGGGUCAGUUGCUCAACGUGAUGAUGGGGAUUUGGAAAGAGACUUUAUUUUUCUAGCUUGGAAGUAAAAGAUUUAUUUGGGGGGGUUAAAGAAAAAAACACCUUGAGCCUUAAAGUAACACAAAUGAAAAGCCUUAAUAUCAACCAUGUGAUAUCUUCCAAGAGAGCUUGCACAAUUCUUUCUUUGCCAAUGAGCAAUAUGAGGCUUAAGUGGAAGUCAACUCAGUUUUUUUUGCUAUCUGAAGCUGCUUUAUUUUUUUUUAUUGCAACCAGCAGCACCAGAUUAUAAAUCCACAAUCAACAUUCCCUACCAUGACUCCCCUUCUUCAGCUUCUGACACCGGACCCCCAUGUGUGAUACAGGUGCUGACUGCCCAAAAACCACCUCCCCUGCAAAUUCCACUAGGAACAGGAUUCUAUAUUCCACGAAGCCAAUUUGCAGUGGAAGGGGAGUGGCAGUGGGGAAGGGGAUAUCAACUUUAACAAGGAACAACUUUUGCAUUGGUGUUUUUCUUUUUUAAAAAAAAUUAUAUAUAUUUAUUUUUUGGGGGGGAAAGAGUUUUUUAAUCAAGAGAUUUCUUCCAUUUCCCCCCUUCCGCAUUAGAAGUAAUGUAAACAAAUGCCAGAGUCUUACUCAGAGGGUAUAUGGUGCCUAAUCGUUAAAUUAUGGUCUAAAUCAAUAACCCCUUAUUUUAUUUAUCUUUCUCGUUCCUUUUCUUGUGUGUAUUUUUUAUUAUUAUUAUUCCUUCAGAGUGUGUCUUCGGUUUGUACAAAUACAUCUACUUCCUCUUGUUUUUCUUUCUCCUCUUAUUUUUCCCCUCCUGUUUAAAGAUAACCUGGAAAAAACAAAACCUUUUUUCACUGUACAAACAAAAGAUUGCAAAUGUAGUGUAUCACUGUGUGUAUUUUCCGCCUCACCUAUUCUGGACUCACAUACUGGGCCUGGGAGUACACAAGCAGCAGAGUAAGGUAGUAUAGUAGACUGUCCCACUUGCGCCUUAAGGCUACAGGCAAGAGUGCCAUUUUUAAUGCUUCCCUAAGUUUUUUUAAAAAUAUAUUAAAAACCUCCUUUGUUGUUGUUUUUAACUGCAGGGAGUUCUUUUAUACAGGGAGGAAGCAUUUAAAAAAAUGAUAUCCCUGCUGUGCAAACCAAAGUGGUACGAUCCACACUACUAUCUCAAGAUUCCACCACUUGCUAUGGGUGUAGGCCAAGUCUUGGUCUGUUCAAAAGAAGCAAAGCAACAAUGGGUGCAGCCACCAAUACUUGCUGCUGUGCAAGCCCUCUUCUUUCCCAUGGGGUUUGCACGUUUCCAUAGGGCUUGUGUUUGUCCCUUGAAAGCUCAAUAGAAAUGAAUGGAAGCUGCAGAGCAGCAGUACUUAAUGGAUAGCUUCCAACGGUGUGCUGCUAACUUUCCACCUCUUCAUUACUAUGUGAUUUGGGAGGAAGGUUACAGGGAAACUGACAUUGGUGAAGCUCUGGGUACACAGUUAAGGUUUGCCUUUUUAAAAAAGAUAGCCAACUUUUUUAUUUUUAAAAAAAGUUAUAUUUGUUAACAUUUUGUAGGGAAUACAGUAGAAGAAAAUCUUAAAGCACUCUUAUAAUAUGGUAUCUUUUCUACUUCUAUAUUAAAAAACACAGAUCUUUUAAAAGUAUUUCUGUAACUUAAAAAAACCUGUCCUUUAAAAAAAUCAGUUUUAGGUAAGGUUGUUUUGUUUUGUUUUUUGGUCAUUUUGUUUGCAAAUCCCUUUUGGUU